AUUUUCGUUUGGGCCAGAGGUGGGAAAUGUAACCGGAUCGUGCGGAAGGUCUAAUUUUAGAUUAAGUUGCAUCUGCUAGCUUGUACCAACAAAUGAAAUCAAGAGUUCUGAGUAUAUCGUAAAGUAUCUUCCACCACGUAGGAUGUCUCAAGGAAAAGGAAAUACGUUUACUCAAUUUUACCAAAUGGUAUAUGAUGCUGCAAAGGAGAAAUCAUUCAAAAAUUGUUUUCGAGAGUUAUCACGAGCUGGAAAUAGACAGGGAAUGAUUGAAUUGGUCAUUGAACUUCCUGGGAUCAGAAAAUGGCAAAUGACCGAUUCUUACGUUGCCAAGAAUGACAUUCAUGUUCUUGCCACAUUCAAGAAACAUAACUUACUCACAUGUGAUACCAAGUUUCUUACUGAAGCUUUAUUUGCUGCUAGCAUCACUAAUAAUAAUUUUUUAAAUAUAUUACUAGCUCGUACAAAACAAUAUUACAGACACGGCGAGUAUUUGAAGUGUAUCGCUGAUUGCGAUUACGCGAUAGAUUUGUUAAAUAAUGUUUUAAAUUCUAUAGAAAAAAGAAUAUCCUUUUUAGAAUAUAACAUAGAGUUUAAUUUAUUUCAAUCAAUGUGCCUGAAGCGAUUAGAACUGAAUGAGAGAGCAAGAGCUUGUUUUAGCAAGGCAUCAAACUCUGCAGAAGAUCUUAUGAAACUGAAGAAGGACUGCACAUCUGUUUCCAAUGAAGAAAAGCUACAAACUUUAAAACCAUUCUUAGAUAAGCUAAGAGAAAUAAAGCAGACAGAUGAAAAUAUAAAUUCACGGAAAUCUGUAAUUUCAUCAACCAAUUCAGUGCCUCUCAUCGACGGAAAAAUGCACAAUAAAUUGAUAAGUUGCUCUGAUGCUGUAUCUUUAGAGUACAACGCCGACAAAGGAAGAUAUCUUAUUGCAUCACGCAAUAUUAAAUCUGGCAGCGUUUUAAUAGUCGAUAAACCAUUUGCAUUCAGUACGGAUAAGCAGGCACUAUCCAGAAAUUGCCUUCAUUGUCACGUAUCAUUAAUAUUAGACAGCACGACAAGAAUACCAUGCCACAAUUGUCAAACGGUUUCCUUCUGCUCGGAAGAAUGUCGAAAGGCGGCCUGGAAAAAUUAUCAUCGGUAUGAGUGCCAGGUUUUUGAUUAUUUUUAUGAAACGGAAUCGUACCGGACGUCUUAUCUUCUGUUGGCCUACCGAACAACCGUCUCGAUGAUAUCCCAAGGUGGUAACGAUUUCGAUGCAAAUGUUUUGGAUUUUCAUGACGCGGUUGAAAAGGAGUCCAAUCGGUUCAGAGUCGCCAUUGGCGAUGAUUAUUCUCCUGUGGAUUACAAAACAGUCUAUUCCUUGGAGACACACGGUAGACACGCUGAUCCUGAUGACAAUCUAAUUCGAUCGAUACAGGCCAUCUUUUUGGCGAAAUGUCUUGCACAUGUCAUGGCUGACUUUACACCCGGCGUCAUUCUUCAGCAACGAUAUCUCGAACUUCUGGCGGUUGCGACGCUGAGACACUUACAAGCAAUUAAUAGCAAUGCUUAUGAGAUCGUUGAAAACAUCUGGGAUAAAGAAACUAAAAUUUGGGAACCUAGAAACGUGGGAGGUGCGCUCUAUACAACUGUAAGUCUGGUGAAUCACAGUUGUUACGCGAAUGUUGUUCGCCACACUUAUCCCAAUGGUAUGGUGGUUGUAAGAGCUUUACGUUUUAUACGUAAGGGUUCGGAAAUCUUGGAUUGUUAUGGGCCACAUUUUCUGAGCGAUGACAGAGACAAGAGGCGUAAACACUUAUUGGAAAAAUAUUAUUUCCAUUGUGCAUGCGAAGCCUGUACCGACAAUUGGCAGUUACCACUCAGCGAACCGAAGUAUCAGUGUAAAGGUUGUCCAGAAUUUUUGUCAAAAGUAGAAUCAGCCUGUAAAAAGUGUCAUACUAAAAUCGACAGAAAGAAAAUUGAAAGGCAGUUGAAAGAAUCGAUCAAGAAGAGAAUAGAAGCGAUUUCCUUAUUAUACGACGGUCAUUAUAAGGAGGCUCUGCCGAUUUUACUGGAGCAUGGAAACUUUGUUGAGAAAACUCUUGCCGAUCCAAAUCUUGAGGCUAUUAAAACACAGCAGGCCAUCGUUCAGUGUUUCAACAGUCUGGGCUGUGUCUCCAAAUGAUUUUCCUUGCUUUGAAUAAACAAAGCAAAAG